GAGACUGGGAACUCGAGUCUAUACACAGCGUUGAAGUACUCGACAUGGUUAAGGAAAUAGGAUGGGAAGACGAGUUGAACGUGAAAGAUAAAUGGCCCCUCACUCAAGUCCAAAAGCUCCAAAUCCGUCAUGUCUAUGCUGCUUCGGUUCUAUAUGGAUACUUCUUGAAGUCGGCCUCGUUGAGGUACCAUUUGGAACAGAAUUUAGGUAAAAGUACUCCUACCAACCUGUUAUUUUCGCGGGCAUGGCAGUUAAAACAAAAAAGUAUUCCCCUCGAACGUGGAGGUGAUACAGGAUCCACAUCAGUCCGUCCAGUAUCACUUAUCGAGGGGAAGAAGCAACACAAUCUUAGGUCCUAUAUUACGAGUCUUGACAGUGAAAUAAAGCUAAUGUGUACAAAACCGAAGUUCAAAGAGGCUAAAAGUGUGAUUGAGAAGCAUUGCUCUGCGCUUUUUGGCGAUGGGAGUGACGAGGAAGUUUCAACUUCAUUCGCGAGUCUGAAGAGGUUUGUGUUGGAGGCUGUCGCAUUUGGUUCUUUCCUUUGGGAUGCAGAAGAUUACGUUAGGGAAUUUUAUCGGCUCGAGGAGAACUAAUCACACCAGAGAAGGGUGAUUUUUUUAUCACAUCGAACUUUUGAUCUCAUUUACUCUGACAUAACGAGGAAGUCCACUCUUGACUUUUGCCAUGUAAGGGGAAAAGUAUAUAUAUAGCAGAAGAUUAUGUAGAGGGUAAAGUAUAUAUAUAGUAGUUGUCAAGUAUACUGCAAUUUUCUUCUUGUAUAAAGGAUUUUGCUACCUGAUGUUAAAUAUUAGAAGAGGAUUUGGAGAUGUAUAGAACUUACAUUAUUUUGGACUGUUACAAUGAAUUUCUCUUCUACUGUGUUUUUUCCAA